AUGGAAUCUUUGAAAGAUGCUAGUCAAAAACUUAAAUCAUCCGUAAAAAAUUCAAUUUCAUUAUCAGCUGAACAUUUGAUAAAUAGUGGGAAAGUUCUCGUUGAAAAAGCUGCAGCUGUACGUGAAAAGAUUGGUGAUUUAGGUGUACAAUUUAUUAAAGAUGAUGCAGUAUUAUGCAAAGCAGGGAUUCCGGCAACAGUUAUAUAUGAUUCAGCAGUAGGUUACGUCAUUGAUAAAGUUGAUGCAGUUUUUGUCGGAGCAGAAGGUGUUGUUGAAAAUGGAGGGCUCAUUAAUGCUAUUGGCACUUAUCAGUUAGCCAUUGUUGCAAAGGCUGCUAAUAAGCCGUUCUAUGCAGUUAUCGAAAGGUAA